AUGCCGCCAAUGAUACCCGCUGCCAAGAAGGCUCCUUCGCUGAAGCUGCUCAUAGCGAGGUUGAACGAUGUCCAGGCUUCCUUCAACGACAUCUGGCGUUUCGUGGAGGACUAUGAGGAAACGUCAACGGUUACGGAUGUUGACAUCCGUUUAGAGAAAAUUGAUGAACUGUGGGAGAAGUUUUGUGACACUUUAGUUGAGAUUAGGGCACAUGAGGAUUAUCUCGCGGAUGAGGAAUCAUACGAUAAGGAACGACAGGAGUUCAGUGAUAGAUAUUAUCGAGCCAAAUCAUUCCUCGUAGACAAAUCCAAAAGGUUGCAGGGUCCAUUGGUACUAGAGCAGUCCGUCCGAACAAACGAGUCAGUUGUUUUUGGUGCUGAUCGUGUGCGUCUUCCUCAAAUAAGUCUACCGUCGUUCAAUGGGGAUAUAGAUGAGUGGCUGAGUUUCCGUGACCUCUUCACUUCGCUCAUCCAUUAUAAAACUGAGUUGCCAGCAGUGGAAAAGUUCCACUACCUCAAGGGAUGUCUUCAGGGGGAACCGAAGAGCCUGAUAGACCCGCUGAAAAUUACGACGGCCAACUAUCAGAUCGCCUGGGAAAUGUUGUUGAAGCGGUUUGACAAUAGUAAACAGUUGCGGAAGCGUCAAGUUCAAGCACUGUUUCAUCUUCCAACAUUGACUAGGGAAUCGGUCAGCGAACUUCACACACUACUAGAGGGAUUCGAGAGGGUCGUGAAAAAUUUGGAUCAAGUGGUAGAACCAGAGGACUACAAAGAUCUAUUGCUGGUUCAUAUACUCACAGCACGACUCGACCCAGUAACACGUAGGGGCUGGGAGGAAUUCUCGUCGACUAAGGAACAAGACACGCUGUCUGAUUUAACGGAUUUCAUUCGGCGGCGUGUUCAAGUACUCGAAUCUCUUCCCAGUAAAUCGGUGGAUUCCAGAGGACCACAACAGUAUUCGAAACUAAGACCGGCGUCUACAAAGGGUAGGACAUCAGGCGAAGGAUUGCAAAUCAAGGUUUUCCUGUCGGACUUGCAAGGGUCGGCAUCAUACGUUGGUCUGAUCGAUAGAGAAGGUUCCACGAAAGUUACGGUGGUCGCAAGGGGCAACCAUCAGCAACAUAGCAAGGAAACAAGGUCAUCGGCAUCAAGUUCAACACAAACAGCAAACGUGUCAACUAAAGCGGUUUGUUCUGCGCAGCAGUACUCAUCCCAGGUGUUACUGGCUACGGCUGUUGUCAUAUUGGUGGAUGAUAGCGGUCAGAGGUUCCCCGCCCGAGCAUUAUUGGACUCAGGGUCCGAAAGUAAUUUUGUUUCCGAACGGUUGAGUCAGCGGAUGAAUGUCAACCGAGAAAGGGUGGACAUAUCGGUUCUUGGAAUAGGACAAGCAGCGACUCAAGUCAAACACCGAAUUCGAGCGAUGGUACAGUCACGAGUUUCUGAAUACUGCCGAGACAUGGAUUUCCUAGUUUUGUCGAAAGUCCCGGUGAAUCUUCCGACUUUGACGGUGAAUACAAAGGGGUGGUCGAUUCCAAAGGGCAUUGAACUGGCCGAUCCUGCAUUCUUCCAAUCCAAGGGUGUGGAUAUCGUUUUGGGUAUAGAAGCUUUCUUCGAAUUUUUUGGAACUGGUGGAAAGAUUUCGUUGGGUGAGAGACUGCCCGCAUUGAAUGAGUCAGUUUUCGGCUGGGUCAACUGCAACAUAUCCGCUUCGGGAAGUUUGGAGUCCUUGAUUGCUAGAUUUUGGGAAUGUGAAGAGAUUGGAUCAACAAAUCAUUGUUCACCGGAGGAAGUUCAAUGUGAGGAACAUUUUAAGCGAACGGUAAAGCGUGAAAUGGACGGUCGAUAUACAGUGGCUUUGCCCAAGGACGAUGGCGUUCUGAGCAGACUAGGGAAAUCCGAGGAAAUCGCACUACGUCGACUUCAGGGAACGGAAAGAAGAUCACGCGAUUCCAACUUACGGGAUCAGUAUUUGGCUUUCAUGUAG